AAAUGCGCUUUCCGGCAUUCAAUCCCAGUCACAGCAGCUGACAAGAUCCAGCCAAAACAGUUCGUUUCAGUCGACUUCAAAGUUGCUCGGGGAGGUGAGAUGAAUGCGCACAGAUCAGCUGGAGAUAUUCGAGCAGAUAAUAUUGAAUGAGUUGGAGCUUGAUUUGCCUCUUUCAGGCCCCAGACAAUCGACGCGAUGAAUUGGCUGCUUCAGCCAGAGCCGGGCGCCGUGUGCCGCUUCUGCCACUCAUGUGACGACACUGUUGAGAGCGGCAUACUCAUUGCGCCAUGCGGCUGCAGGGGCACUCUCAGAUGGGUGCAUACGAGCUGCCUGGAAAACUGGCGGAAACCGGCCGGCGGAACAGGUGGGUGUUCAGAGGGAAGGAGAGCGCAUUUCAUUUCAACUCGCAGGUCGGUCUGCUUUCUUCUCCGUCUCCAGGCAGGGCGAAGUCGACGUGUGAGGUGUGUCUGAGGUUCGCUACAGAAGGAGAAGAGAAGGCUGCUUCGUGGAUGGCUUCUGUGCGUUCGCUCAGGGGGUAUCACCUUGGGCCGCUUGGUCCGUUCUGUCUGCCGGUCGGCCUCAUCCCCGACGCCCUCUUCUCUCUCGCCUACAGCCUGAUGGCCUGUCUGCCGGUGGCUAUGGCAAUCCUACACAGCUGCGACAGAAGCAACAUGCUCGCCAGAGCUCUCCCUGUCUGUCAUUUGGUCCCCAUCGUCAUCAUAGUCGGUCUCACUCUUGCCGCCUUCGACUGGUUGGGGGGGCAACAGCAUGGGGGCAGUGGUUCAUUGAGGUGUGGUCUGCGGAUGGCUAUCGCGCUGAUUGUGGUGGCCGCCGGGACCCCCCGGGUGCUCGGCAAGGACUUCUGCACGUUUGCAGCAGGGGGAUUCCGCGUCUUGGGUGCCCAUUUGGCAGUAUGCGACAAUGGGGCGCGUCCCUUCCGUAGAGUGGUGGCAGCUUGUCUUGUGUUACUCAUACUGUCGCUCGCCUUGCUGCCUUAUGGUCUGUUGAAAGGAGACAAGGUGCACCAGGCCACACGAGAGGCGCUGUUGCAGCUUCAGCACCGCCGUGCUGCUGAUCCUGGUGGACUCCUUAUAGGCAUGGUGUCGCUUUACAUAAGAGAGGGGUCCUACUAUCUCAUGAUCGCGGUGUGGUCUCUGACCCCUCUGGUGGUUGCGGCAUGUUGUGGAGCCGGUGGGGCCUGUCGCUCAUCCCGCCCUACUUGAUUGUCGCGCUGCUGGUCGCCAUCUCUGUGUGGAAGCGGCGGGCGAUUGACCAGCUGAUGGAGGCGAGUGGACUGUAUUCAACGAUCCCCGCUUCUUGUAUCGUUGCCAUCUUCGGCGGCGUCUUCCAGGAUCUCCUCCAUUCGGCUCUCUUUCGCCGGUCCUGGUGGAUAUUUGAGGAUCUCACGCAGUAUGAUCUGACUGGCUUUGGCCUACUGAUGUGGUUCCCCAUCGCGACAAUGGUCAUCUGGGAGGCGCAUUGGCGGGAAACUUGAAAUGUGGGUUCUACUGCAGCGAGCACGUCUGGUACUGACGUGACUUGAUCUCGCCCUGUGUGUGUAUGUGAUGUAUGCAGUGUGCUGGCCCUCACUCGACUACUCGACGACCAUCUGCGUGCGGGCGGAUAGGAUUAGCGUAUUUGUGUCCAUUUGUAUGUGCGUCUGCGUGUGUGUAUUCGUAUUUGUGAGGAUGGGAAUCGAUAGGGCUGUUAGAGUGGACUCAGUGCACAAAGGUGGGGCGUGGAUAGAAAGCCAGGAAGCAUUUUUGGCCUGUCUCA